AUGAACAAUGAUCACCAGACCUUUAUAUAGAGUGCAUAAUAAUAACGUCUUUUCCAACUCCAACCUUCAUUUUUCACUCAUCUUUGGUUGCUAUUCUAAUGAGGAACAAGGGUGGAUGGAAUCAUGGGAGCACAGCAGCAGCAAUGCUUGCAUUGUUGCUAUGCUUGGAUGGGAUUGCAGAGGUUAACUCACAGACACAGAAGGUACCUGCUAUGUUUGCGUUUGGAGACUCAUUGCUUGAAGUUGGCAACAAUAACUUCCUCAACACCAUCGCAAGGUCAAAUUACUAUCCUUACGGCAUCGACUUCAACGGGGGUUCUACUGGCCGAUUUUCUAAUGGCAGAUCCCUCAUUGACUUCUUUGGAGCAAUGCUGGGUGUUCCUUCUCCACCACCUUUUGCAGACCCCUCCACGACUGGAGCUAGAAUACUUUCUGGUGUGAAUUAUGCAUCAGCUGCUUCCGGCAUUCUUCAAGAGUCAGGGAGACACUAUGGUGAUCGGUAUAGCCUGGGCCAGCAAGUCCAGAACUUUGAGAACACAUUGAAUCAGUAUAGGACAAUGAUGAACACAACUGCAUUGAAUCAGUUCUUAGCCAAGUCUUUAACAGUUGUGGUGACCGGAAACAAUGACUACAUCAACAACUACCUCUUGCCCGGGUUAUAUGGCACCAGUUAUAAUUAUACUACCCAACAGUUUGGCAAUCUUCUUGCUGAUAGCCUUGUGCGACAAGUUUUGACACUACAUAGAUUAGGAUUAAGGAAGUUCUUCGUAGGAGGAAUUGGGCCACUGGGUUGCAUCCCGAAUCUUCGAGCCACACUUUUGGCCCCAGCAGGAAGAUGCGUGGACUUUGUUAAUCAGAUGGUUGGAACCUUCAAUGAAAGGCUUCGAUCAAUGGUGGACCAACUGAACAAACAAUAUCCCGAUGCUAUCUUUGCGUACGGUAACACUUACCGUGUCCUUGGCGAUAUCCUAAAUAACCCCGCGGCCUAUUCGUUUAAUGUUGUGGAUAGAGCUUGUUGUGGGAUUGGAAGGAACCGAGGUCAAUUAACGUGCCUCCCAUUGCAAUUUCCAUGCAUAGUAAGAAAUCAGUACGUGUUUUGGGAUGCCUUUCACCCUACAGAAUCUGCAAUAUAUGUCUUUGCCUGGAGAGCUGUUAAUGGACCACCCGAUGAUAGUUACCCAAUUAAUAUACAACAAAUGGUUAACAUUUGAUUCACUAUUCGUCUCUUCUAGUUUCAUAUGAAAUGUAAAAUUCUAGAUAACAAUUACUUUUGGGCCUUUUAAUAAUAUAAUAAUAAUAGCUUGCAUUAUAUUAAGGCACUU